UCCCGUCCCGCCCCGUCCCGGCCCCCAGCCCCGCUGCCGGGCCGGGCGGCGGCAGAGGGAGCGCGGCAGGGAGCCAUGUCUCACGGCGCCCGAGUGAUCCGCACCGGCGUGAGCAGCGCGGGGCCCGCGGCCCCUCCGGCCGCCUCCUCCUCCGCGCCCUCCGAGGAGGAGCUGAUGGACGGCGCCUAUUUCCGCUCCUGCGCCGGCAUGCUGAAGGUGGCCCAGAUGAUCUCAUUGCUGGUUGGAUUCAUCAGUGUAAAUAAUUCUCCAUGGACAGAUUACAGUGCAUACAGCUACUUUCAGAUUGUCACCAUGUGCGACUUGGUUAUGAUUUUGUUCUUCUACAUUAUCCACAUUUUCAGAUUCUACAGGAAGCUCACUUGUGUUAGCUGGCCACUUGCGGAGUUCCUUCAUUAUUUAAUCGGUACGAUUCUGCUUCUCAUUGCAUCGAUUGUGGCAGCAUCCAAGAGUUACAAUUUGGUUGGACUUGUGGCUGGAGCGACUUUCGGGUUCCUAGCUACCAUCCUUUGUGUUUUAAGCAUGUGGUCAUCCUACAAGGUUUCGUGCAUCACGCAGUCCACAAAUGCAUCUGUAUGACUCCUUCACCUCCACAAGAUGUCUGCCUUACAAAACAGGAUACCAAAGAGGAGUAUUCACUACCGAGGAGAGAGCAUGGGUAUUUUGUUACUAGCCUGGACAACCAGUAGCUUUUGAAGAUCUACUUGAAUGCCUAUGCAAAACCAUGUUGUGAACCAAAGUUUUAUUCUCCCCACACCUCCCCCUCCCUCAAAGAAGUUUAUAAUGGAGAACCUGCUUUUUUGAGCUUUACAGAGAAAGACAACUUCUGACUCAAAGGCUGGGCUGUGGUUAUUUCCAGCUAUUUGCAGUAAGUGCAUUUAAAACUCAUCUGGAGAGUCACUUGGUUCUCCUUUCAGUGGGAUGGAAAAAUUGCUUCUGAUUUCCUCCAUCUGUUUGCAGAAGGGAAAUCCUGCAAAUUCCUACCUGAUUCUUAACUUCCAAGGAUGAUUUGUUUAACAGAGGAACUCUUACAAACUGAUUUGUGCCUGGAUAAGCUGACUCAAGUAUUUGUUACCUCUUCCUAUGAGAACUGUGGACUUUUUCUAACAUCAGCUCAGCCAGCGUCAAAAAUUAUGAACUGCAGCUUGAAUACAUCACUGCAAACAGACCUUCCUAGUCCCAACAAUACAUAAUGAAGUGGUUUUCUCUCCAUGAAUUUUUACAAGUUAUUAAAAACCAAAGAUUAUUCUUUAAAAACUUCCCUCUGCCAAAUAUAGGAAAAUACAUACCCAAGCAUAUGUGAUUAAAGUUUUGUGGGAUCUUUUUUUUCCUUA